AAUAUCAAAAAUGUCGCAACAAAAUUGACAGUAAACAAAUAAACAAAUACUUAUUUUACAUAACUAAUGUAUAGUUAAAUAAAUGGAUUUGGAAAAUAAUUGCUACCCUUGCAACCAACCCGUACAAGAAAAAAAGCCUCCCUGUCCUCUCCAGUGUCAGUCGCCGAAAUGUGCGGCCUUCAAAUCCAAGUCGCCAAUAGAUACAACCAAGACGCCCAUAGUGUGGGUGCUAGGAGGUCCGGGGUCUGGCAAGGGCACCCAAUGCGAGAGGAUCAUCGCCAAGUACGGUUUCACGCACCUUUCAACCGGCGACCUGCUGCGCGCGGAAGUGAAGAGUGGCUCGGAGCGCGCCAAAUGUCUCACAUCUGUUAUGGAGCGGGGUGAGCUAGUCCCUAACGAUACGGUACUGGAGUUGCUGCGGGAGGCGAUGAUCGCACGCGCUGCCGACUCCAAAGGCUUCCUCAUCGACGGCUACCCUAGAGAGAAAUCACAGGGCAUUGCUUUCGAGAAAUCCAUCGCUCCUGUUACGGUAAUCCUAUACUUCGAGGCGUCAUGUGAGACGUUGACGAAGCGUCUGUUAGGCCGCGCUGCCAGCUCUGGCCGUGCUGAUGACAACGAGAACACAAUAAAACUGCGCCUCAAGACUUUCCUUGAUAACAACGACCUCGUGCUCGCGCAGUACCCUGAGAAACUGAGGAGGAUAAACGCAGAAGCGACAGUCGAUAGCAUCUUCAGCGAGGUGCAGAAGGUCCUGGACCCUAUCGUGGCCACUAAAUGAGCUACGACGACGCACAGCACAAUAUUGUACAUAAAACUACUAUUACUUAACUGAUCAUUAAAUUAUUUCUUUAUUCUAUUA